UAACAACUGGAUAUGAAGGAACUCUGAAGAAUGCUGUAGGCGUCGCAACUUUACGUUAAUAUCUGGAACUUCAGUUGGAAACGGGAAUUGUCAUUGGAAUUACAACUUUGUUGCAAAGACAAAUUCAAGCUUAACGACUGUGUAAUAUUUAAGUGACGUUGGCCGUCGCUGCCCGGUGGGCCUCCGGGUAGCCCAGCCUUUACCAAAAUGGCUCAUGACGACAAAGCUGGAGGGUCUGAUCAGCAAGCUCAGCAGGAGCAAAGGCCAAAGCCAGCCGACGGGCAGGAUGGACGUGGGGAUGGCCGGCCUUUAAAGCGCUAUCGGCGCGAGGAGCUGGACAAAGAAGAGGAAAACUUGCUCAUAUCCGAAGAUGGCGACGACGACAAUGCCGAGGAGUACGUGCCUCUCCGCAAGCGGCGUGAGCAGGAGGAGUCAAGGCUGGUCAAGUUGCUGAGGGGUGGCCGCGAGGGCAGCGCUGAGCGGUCCGGCUCCGAGCCCCCCUCGGGUGACCGACCCAAGGAGAGUCUGCUGGUCAUCACGGCCAGAACCCGAAAGGACGCGGGUGCCCCCAACGAGGCUCAGGCGCUGCUGGAGGAGGAGGCCGACAUCAUGAGACACGCGCUGCAGAAGCAGGCGCUCAAGGCCGUCAAGGAGCUGGCCACGGGUGUGACGUACAGCAGGUCCAUGGAGACCGGGUGGAAGCCGCCGCUGAGGUACCGCAGACUGCCACAGGAGCUUCAGCAGCAGCUGCGUGACGCACUGCGUAUCGUUUGUGACGGGAAAAACAUCCCGCCGCCUAUACCCAGUUUUGCUGACAUGAAGCUGCCCCCCGCGGUUCUCCGUGUACUGGCCGGCAAGGGCAUCAAGAAGCCCACGCAGAUUCAGAUGCAGGGCUUGCCGGUGGCGCUUAGCGGCCGGGACAUGAUCGGAAUAGCAAGCACAGGAUCGGGCAAGACGCUGGUGUUCGCGCUGCCGAUGGUCCUUAUAGCUCUGCAGGAGGAGAUGCGCAUGCCGCUGGGUCAGAACGAGGGGCCCAUCGGUAUGGUGAUUUGCCCAUCGCGGGAGCUGGCCACGCAGACGUACGAGAUCGCGGACAUGUACUGCAAGGCCCUGGGCGCCGACCGGUACCCCGAGAUCCGUGCCAUGUUGUGUAUUGGCGGCAUUGACGCCAAGCCAAUGUACGAGACCAUUCGCCGCGGAGUGCAUGCGGUGGUGGCGACACCGGGACGACUGAAGGACCUGCUGCACAAGCGACGCAUGAAUUUGGACGUGUGCCGCUUCCUGUGCCUGGACGAGGCGGACAGGAUGGUUGAUCAGGUGGGGUUCGAAGACGACGUUCGCGACAUCCUGUCGUUCUUCCGGGGCCAGCGGCAGACGCUCAUGUUCUCGGCCACCAUGCCCGCCAAGAUCAAGGCCUUUGCGGAGAGUGCCCUGGUGGACCCGCUCUUGGUGCGCUUCCACACGGCCGCAGUCUGGUGCGCGGCCAACAUGGACGUGAUUCAGGAGGUGGAGUACGUCAAGGAGGAGGCCAAACUGCCGUACUUGCUCGAGUGCCUCCAGAAGACCGCCCCUCCCGUGCUCAUUUUCGCGGAGAACAAGCGGGACGUUGACGCUAUACACGAGUACCUGAUGGUGCAGGGUGUUGAGGCUGUAGCAGUGCACGGAGAUAAGGCCCAGGAGGACCGCCACGCCGCCAUCCACCAGUUCAAGGCGGGGGAGAAGGACGUGCUGGUGGCCACGGAUGUGGCGUCCAAGGGUUUGGACUUCCCGGACAUCCAGCACGUCAUCAACUACGACAUGCCCGAGGAAAUCGAGAACUACGUCCACAGAAUCGGUCGCACGGGCCGCUGUGGUAAGACCGGUGUGGCCACCACCUUCAUCAACACCAAACAGUGCUCCGAAACCAUUUUACUGGACCUCAAACACUUGCUCAGGGAAGCCAAGCAGCGGGUGCCGCACUUCCUGUUGGCGCUGGAUGACCCUCUGGAGGCCCAGGCCGAGUUGGAGGAGAAGAGCGGCGUCAAGGGCUGCAGCUACUGCGGUGGGCUGGGCCACCGCGUCACCAACUGUCCCAAGCUGCGAUCGGAGGACAAGGCCAAGGUCCGCGGCAACAAGGACUUCUUCGGCAGCGGCGGCUUCGGAGGGGAGAUGUGAAUCCUGUUUGUGUGUAUGCGCGUGUAUAUAUGUGUGUGCGUGUGUAUGUAUGUGUGCGCGCUGCUCCUUGCCGCUAAUGCCGGUGUUGUUGUUGCUGUUUACUUGUGGAGGGAAGGGAAACGGAGGCUGUGGAAAAUAUGUAGUGUCUUUUCCUUUUGGGGAUGGGGAGGCGUUCUGGGCUGUUGGAGGCCUUCAGCUCCAUCAUCAAUAGGAGGGUGGACUACGGCAGGGAAUCGGGAGACGAGAGAGUGUGUGUAUCUGGUGGUGGUGAUGGUCUUUUGGAGGAUGGUUUGGGGAUUUAUCAAAGGGGGGGUCGGUGUACAGUUUGGGAACGUUGGGGCUGUUGGGGGAUGCAUAGCUCCGUUCGAGCUUUAGUUAUGGUGUCGUUUCACGGCAAAAGUUCGUUACUAGGAGGUGGCUGCAAGAGACGUGCUCCUUGCUUCGCAAGCAAAGGAAAUGGGAGUUUGACUGGGCGGUUGGGUCCCACCGCGAUGACCGUCACGCUGCGUCACGUUGGUUC